AUGGUAUCAGAGCUCGUUUCCGCCUAAGCGGCUCUUGAUCCUCUCGCUCCGUUGGAGCCUAGCAUUUGCGUCUUACGACGCAAAGCUUUUCUAGUCGCCUCAACUCAGCGCGGCGCUUCUUUUCGGGCUGAAGCCCGUCGCCCCGCAUCUGCUCGUCACACCUGAUCGGGCUGAGCCCGUCGCCCCGCAUCUGCUCGUCGUACCUGAUCGGGCUGAGCCCUGCCUAUCGGCGACUUAAGAGCUGCGCUACGCGCGGAGAAAGGGUCCUUGGAGCAUCAUGGCGUAUCCUUCCGCGUCUCUCUCAAACCCGAUCACUCCCUUGCGCCUCGACCCAAAUGGCUCGAGCCCGAACUUCAAGGAGUGGAGCUAUGGGGUUGAUAAGCAUCUCCUAAGCCGCAAAAUUGAGGGGAUUUGCCUCAAGGAUGUCCUCCUCAAUCGCGGCAAAGGAAAGAUGCCGAUCCUUCCCAAGAAGCUCUCGGCCACAGCCACAGGGGAAGAGUUAAAAACCCAUGAGGAAUCCAUGUCCAAGUAUGAGGAAUCUUACAGCGUGUGGGAGCAAGCCGACGCCGCUAUCAUUGGCGUCUUCGUCGGCACUACCCCUUCCGAGCUCGUCAAAACUUACCAUAACUACCCCUCCGCGCACGCCAUCUGGGAGUACCUCAACGACCGCUUCCUCAACAAAACCGCUAAGAGCUAACCUUUGCCAAAGUCUCUUCCGCA